AGGAAUGUCAAUGUCGAUCAAACAGUCGAGCGCAGCGCUCAGAAACCAGCGUCGGAUUCAGAUUCGAGUUGAGGCAAGACAGUACUGUCAAAGAUGGCGUCCAACAUUUUAAGAAAAUUGUCUGGCACUUUUAAAAAUGUUGGAUUAGCUGGGUCUCGCAGAGUUAACGCUGCACCUACGGUCCUGUCGAGGCAUCUCUCAAGUGAAACACAAACAGAGCCAGAGUCCAGACCAACUGUGCGCAAACCUGAUCUUGUCGCUCGAGCUCAUGUGACUGACUUUGGUCGAUAUGUUGCCGAGUGCUUGCCCAAGUUUAUUCAAAAAGUUCAAUUAACUGGCACUGACGAACUGGAAUUGCUGGUUGCGCCUGAAGGAAUUGUCCCUGUCAUAUCCUUUUUGAAGGAUCACCACAAUGCCCAGUUCACAAACUUGUCUGAUAUUGGUGGAGUUGAUGUGCCAUCUCGAAUGUACCGCUUUGAGGUUGUUUACAAUCUGCUCUCGGUGAGGUACAAUACUCGCAUCAGAGUCAAGACCUAUACUGAUGAGUUGACACCCUUAGACUCUGUCAAUGAUGUUCAUAAGGCAGCUAACUGGUACGAAAGAGAAAUUUGGGAUAUGUUUGGUGUCUUCUUUGCUGAUCACCCUGACCUCCGACGUAUUUUGACGGACUAUGGAUUUGAAGGCCACCCCUUCCGCAAGGACUUCCCUCUUAGUGGCUUUGUUGAGUUACGAUAUGAUGACACUAAGAAGAGAGUAGUUGUGGAACCACUAGAGUUGGCUCAAGAAUUCCGUCGCUUUGAAUUGAACAGCCCUUGGGAACAGUUCCCGAACUUCCGAGAUACAACUGUCAUUGAAGAAGCUGCCCCUGCUGCUGAGAAGAAAUAGUAUAAUAAUAUCUAUAUGAUUCAUAUAUGCAGUCAGCGAAAUGUUAACUUGCACAUUGCACUUGUACAUUAUUUUAGAGUUUAGAAUGUUUGUACAGAAAUGAUGCUUUCAAUUUGUUGGGAUACUGAAUAAACACUUGUAAAAUA